AGAGAACGAAACGCGUGCCUUUGCCCCUGCUGUACGUGCGCGUUCACUAGCCACAGGAAAAAAUGGCGAGUUCGUACAUGAAGAGAUUAUACGCGAAUGAUAGGUUUAUAAUUCAUCAGGACACCGACUGUUGGACGUCUGAACUCAUUCACUGUGUGGGUCUCGAGUGUAUUUUGGAAGUGUUGCAUGGGACACAAGUUCUAGAGGAUCUCAGGCUAAUAAAAGAUUGUAAGCCUGCAAGUGUGUCAAAUUGGUCAUUUGAUGAAAAUUGUCAUUUCUGCUGCUUAAGACGAGAAAAAGUGAAGGACCAUGUAGUUGCACUGAACAAACAAAUAGUGGAAAGUGGAGGCAAACCUUUACUAGGUAAAGAUCUGUCUAAUAUCAGCAGACUUGAAUGGCAGUCGGAGGAGUUCCUGAAUGCUGUACUACACAGGAAAGAAUACACACCGAGGAUUCCAGAUCCGCACAUUCCUGUGGUGGCUUGUAAAAUUAUGCAGCAAAUGAUUACUCGGUUAACUACAUUUUAUACCUCAAAAACCAACUGCUCUCAGGACUCUCUUGAAAAUGAUGAGAACAAGGACCAAAGUCUUCUGAAAUCUAUCUCUGUCAUGUCCACUGCUGCUGCUUCUCAAACGUUGGUCAAUGACAAGGUUAUCAUGACAGACCAGGAUGGCCCACUGGACCUCUCAAUGAAGAAGAUCAAAGUAGAGAACGUUGAACAAGAUGGUGUUCUUGACCUUUCAACUAAGAAGAAUUGCAACAACGGACAAACAUCUCUCAGGAAUUCGUAUGCCCAUGUCAGUACGGCUGCUCAUUUGGUCAAAAGGGGUUCUGUUGACCUGAGUCUCGCCCGAGUCCGUGAUGUUCAGUCAGCCUCUACUUUGGAAGACUUCAUGUCUAAACUUUGUAUGCAUCACCAGCACCAAAUAGUUGAUGCAUUGGGCUUCUUACAAAGCGAAGUCAAGACUUCCAGCCAUUCUCAAGCACCUGCUCCAACGCUUUCAGACAGAGAGGCCAUCACCAGCUGCAGUCGUGUCUCUGAGAUUCAGCGGUCUGAGAGAACAUGCUCUGUGGAUACUGCUGGAACUCAAGAACAAUAUGUUUUUAGGACUGCCAAAAAGGAGAGUGAAGAGGUUUUGAAUGCUGAUGUUUCCGUUAUUGCCCCCAAAAAGCCAGAGGAUCUUUGCGAGACAGGUGCUGGAAGUUUGCUGCCUUCCACUCGGAGAGCGGGCAUUGAGUGUGAAAAUGUAGAUAGUACUUCUAAAUCUCAAAGACAUUUUGUCAUGAAAAAAGCAUCAUCUGACCCCCUGGAAGCGAAGCAAUUGUCAGACUCCUGCUUUCAGCAAGAAGGCACUGACAGUGAGAAGACGUGCCCCUACAAGGCCGAGAGACGCUUACCAAUGUGUACUGCUGAGGCCGAUCGUGCACGGCUGAGUCCGGAGAACGUUGACAAGUGCUCUCCUGCACAAAGCAGAGAUGCUGUUUUAAAGCCAUCGACAGUUGAAAGGACGUCUAAUGGGGGUUUUCCGAUAUGUCCGAGAACAGCCAGGAAAAGCAGAAAAAGUUCUGGUUCUUUCCUUCGAGAAAGGAACGGCUCUUCAAAUUAUGUUGUAAUUGAUCCAGAUAGCCAUUGUGACUUGGUGUUUGUUAAAAAAACAAUAACCGAAUGCCAGCUUCAAUCUCACAAUCGGCUACAUCCACGACAAAAUGCUCGGAAGAGCACAAGGGGGCACAAGUAUGUUGAGGAAUACUUGGAGCUAAAAACCGUCCGUACGUUAGCACGCAAAUCUGUCAGUGAUGCUAGCGGGAAUUGUCUUGCUUUGAUGCCAGAUGUGCACAGCUCAAUUGCACCGAGGCAGUCCUUUUCCAAGCCUGUAAGUGUUCCUCUCGUGAGUGCGCCAUUCACAGGUGAUUGCGUGAAAGAUGUCGUUCAGAAAUUAUCAACAGAGCAGAUGGUCGACAAUGAAAUGCCAGGGGAUGUUGUAAAAAUAACAAGUCAAGGUUUGAUUGUUGAAACCAGCCAGACAGGUAAAACUGAGAGUCAUGACCAAAUUUCCCACGAACCUGCAGGGGAACAGAUGGAGUUAAGUGUGCAACAAGAUGUAAUGAUGGAGGCUGUCAGCUGUGCUCCCUAUACAGUUCAAACAUGCAACACGGACAAAGACAUGCCGGAAAUCAAAACAUCAUCGGUGGAGUCUGUGGAACUUAUUGUACGGACAGAUGAGUGUGAUUCCCAAAUUGAUCAUUCACCAAAACAAUUAAUAUGUGAUUCAGAAAGUAAGUGUCAGGAUGAAUCUGUGGACUUGCCAUUGCUAAGCUCAGUAUCACCUAAUACAACCAAAGAUGACUCUACUAAUGAAUUAAAUGUAGAACCAAGAAUGGCAGAUGCAGCGACAAAUAAUGAAGAGGAUGAAAGUCUUCAAGAGCAGGUUUUACGUGAAAAUCAUGAAACCGUGAAUUGCUUUCAAGUACCCGAGGAGAAUCAGGGGGAUUCAGGGGUGUCCGGUGUGAAGGAAGUCACUACUGUUGAAAAAUGUGUGGAGAAGAUGGAUAUGGAGAAGAUUGAUGUGGCUCCACCAAUGAAUACCCCAAAAGAUUUGGAUGCAAAAACUGUUCUUGCAAAACAGGCGGUGUCCUCAGACAGGUGCUUGCGUAGUAGAGGGUCAAAGGGGAGUGUUGAUACGACAAAAGACUCCAAGUGUGCUGUUGAACAUGUUGACCUGAAGAUGACAACACAUGCCAAUGUUAAUAGCCCUGAGACACUUCUGGUAAAACAACCUUUGAAAUCAAUUGAAACAAUUGUGCAUUCUGAGGGGGAGCAUGAUUUGAAAGCAUCAGACACGCUUGAAUCGGAUGCCAAACCUAGUAGCAGUCUGGAUGACCAUCAUCAGGUCAAAACAAGACUGAACCGAUCGUCAUCUCCAACUGCAGUUGAGAAAGAUGAGCCUCAAAACCUCCAAAAGAACAGUGAGGAGUUACCAAGCGAUAUCCCACCUGAGGUUGUUCCGGAGAUUUUAAGUAUCACCUCUACUGACAAAAGUGAGAAACCACACAAACUGAACAAUCAAAACUCUGAAAAAAUGCCACUUAGAAGUCAGAAGUCAGAAAUUGAACUUUCUGUAAAUAAAGACACAUGUUCACCUAUUAAAAAGUCUUCACCAAGCUCUGAAAGUAUGCUUUUGAGAAGUAGAAGUAAUACUGAACGACCCCUAAGAAGCGAACUGAACAAUCUGAUCCCUGCAGAAAAUUUGAAGAAGCAAGUACUUGUGCCUUCCAGAAACAGUAGCAGUACCAGUGAACAGGCAACUAAAAGUGAUGUAGUUGCUUCGCCUUCCCCAAGUGUCAUGCGUAUGCCUUUAAGAAACAAGAGCAGCAGUACGAUUAAACAGACCAAAGGUUCCCCUGUUAAAACGAUCUGUCAACAACCUAUCAGUUUACAAUCCAGUGAGUCUAGUGGGCACAUGCCCUUAAGAUCAAGUGCAGAACAACUCCCUCACAACAAAUCUGUUGCUGUAGAUGCACCAACAAGUCCUGGACGCAUGUCACUAAGAAGAGGGAGCUUAUCCAGUACCGAAAAGCCUUGUGGAUCGGCAACACUGCUUAGCAGGACUACAUGCCCUCAAAAGCAACCAAAGGCAUCUGUGUCCUCGAGUGUUGAGCAUAGCCCCUUAAAAUCAAAAAUUAAAAUCGAGAAUGCGGAGGCACGAAUACAAGAUUCUUUUAAUCUGUCUGACGAAUUGCUGUCUGUAGCAGGUAUUCAAAAGAACGAACCUGUCCUUUGUAGGCCCCCCAAGUUUUUGGAAGCGCUUAGAGCGAAAGAACAUCAGCAGUUAAUUUCUAAUUUAAAUACAAAGUUUGAUAAAAUGCACAAAGGUUGGGUUCAAAUGGAUAAGGAGGCUCAGCCUGUACCAAAACCAAAAAACAAGGCCGACAGGCUGAAAGAAAUCUGGAAAAGCAAACGUAGAAUACGCAAGUCGAGACCGUCAGAACAACAGAAAUUCUCACCUGUGCAAAUGCUAUUCAUGAAGCCCUUUGACUUGCCCAGUAUCUGCAGGUGGUUCUUGCAGUCCACUGAAACCCAAUCGCUUGUCAUUGUUAAAAAGGUCAACACUAGACUUCCUUCUGAAACACAGUUGUGUUUUCACACCUCGACAGCCGGACCGGGGUCCGCUCAUGGGAUAUUUCCCAGUCUGCAGGCCGAACGGCUAAAAAAGCACUUGAAGAAGUUUGCCAUUGCGUCACCUGUGAAAAAUAACCCCAAGAACCAGAGGCUUAUAUCAAAAGCUUUAGGUCAGGAUAUCUCUGUGUUCAAGAGUAAAGAAAAAACGGAACCAAAAACUGCCACACGGAUUUCGACGAAGGCACAGAGUCUUGCAGGAGUGACGGCGGCACAAUCCCCAGAGAACCUUUGUGCAGUCACAGGCAGUUCGAAAAACCCGGCAAGCGCUAGAAUUAUCAAAAAAUAUUCAAACAUGCGUGAGAAACUUCAGGUUAAGCAAAUCAAGAAACAUAAAGAAAAAACCUUCAGAGUUACCCGGUUGAAACCGUCGAUUAUUACAAAGAAAGCUGCCAAACGAAAAUUGCCGACACAUAAAGAGUCAAAGUCUGCGAUUGUUCAGAGCGUCAAAUCCUUGAACAAAAAAGCAAAAACAAACAUUGCAGUUAAAGAACGGACUUUGAAAAAAACCCUGAGUCGCAAAAGUGGUACACCACCAAAAAGGUCGCAGCCACUCGGCAAAGUGACAAAAGCAGAGGCCGAACGUGUCUCGACAAGUGAAAAAGCAAAGGUCAAAACUGGAACUGAUAAAACACCGCAAACAAAAGCGAGUGGGACUAAAGUUGAUAUCAAAAAGUCUGCGCUUCAUAGAGGCUCUAAUAGUUUAGAAGCACAAUCUCUAGAUACUGACAAGAAGCCUCUGUCAUUGGAAGACCCAGUGUUAACUAGGUCUCAAAGAAAGAUGGAAUCCACACCUUCACAGAUUGGAUCUCCCAAAUCCUCUACAAAGCGAAGCUUGGAACAGUGCGUCACCCCAGCCAAACGCACAAGGACCUCAAAGCCAUGAGCAUAGGUACUAGAUCCAUCUUGCAAAAGCGUAAGAUUACAAAAGGGUGGUGAUCAUUUUCAAAAAAAAGGACAAAUUAUUUUUGAAGGUUUUAAUUUAUUUUUUUAAGCUUGCCAGUGCAUUUACAGAGCUUUGCAUAUAAGCUGAAAAAGAUUUUUCUUGUUAGCUAGUUCUCAAAUGACUGUUAUUAAUAAUAACAGUAUCAAACUUUUUAAAUGUGCUUUAGAAAGCCUUUUUGGUUGUAGUUGUUUUUUGAAAAAGCCAUUUAAUGUAAAAACAAAAUAAAUAAAGCUUCAGAUUCCCAUCAUUAAGGAAUUUCAAACAUGGGUUACAAGUAACCCGACGAUGACCCCCUUUUUGUCGAACUAUACACUGCAUAUCUCAUUUCAACAAUUUGUAAUGAGAUUAAAGAUGAUCUGAAGGAAUGAACCACAUUAAUAGAUGAUAAAGGUGGCUCUGUAACCCGAAUAAUGUGCCUUUUAUAUUAUUGUUAACUUUACUGAGAUUGCCCCGUUUCAUUCCUGUUGCACAUGACUGAAGAAUCUCUUAUAAAAUGUGACUUUGGAUUUUUUUUAAUAGCUUAUCCUGUAGUUCUCCUUUAUUGUUUUUCUAAUUUAUUAGUAUUAUGUUUCGUAUCUCAACUCUUUCUAUUCUUUUAGAGGACUCUUUACUCUAUCUACUAUAGUUCAUGUUUUGGUGUAGUAUACUGUUUUUGAAUUUUCUCAUUUAAUUUAGAUGGUAAAUAUGGAUGCAAUGAAAGUAAUUUAUGGAUUAUGGUUUAUCAAACGUACUGACUAUUUAAGAUAAACUAGUUUUAAAAUGGGGAGAAAUAAUUGUCAUUUCGUAAACCUUCAAGGUGCACAGCCUAAUGAGCUUUACAUUAGAGUAAAACACAAUGUGGAAAAAUGAAAUGAGACAAAUGUUUUAAGCUCAUCAUACAGAAUUAAGUUAAGGAUAAUCGUUUUUUUUAAUCUCUUAAAAUAGGAGUUAUCCGUUUCAUAAUUACAUUGUUUUAUUUGAAUCUAAUUUAAACCCUGUGGUAGUUUGCUCACGAUAUACCAGAAAAAGAUGAAUACUUGACCCCAGAUUUUUAUAUUUGCAUAUGUGAAAUGUUACUGAAAUUGUUUUUAGGAUUGUGUGUUUUGUUUUGUCAUGUUUUUAAUGUCUUUUGUCUUCAUUACUGCAGUAAAUACAUGAUGUGAAUACUAUGUCUCCCAGAGAAGGUUGGUUAAAGAAUGCGCAUUAAAGUCUUCAUAUACCCCACUAAA